AAGUUGGAGAAGUGGAAGGAACGACACGUGUCGCUGUGUUGCUAUAGUGAAUCGGUAUCAGUCUGGUUCACGAAAACGUUCAGUGUACAUUACGCACGAAAAUUGAUCGUUAUCGACGACACGAUGCCACGAAGUGGUUUCAAAACGGCCAUGUUCAGGCCGAGCAGGGCCAGGACGAUAGUCCUGGUCGGUUUGGUGUUGCUCACACUUCUCGACGCCGUGAACGGCAUACCGUACAAGAGAUCGUUGCUCAGGCUGUGCUCGAAAAGUCUCAGCGACGCCCUGUACCUCGCGUGCAAGGGUCGUGGAUACAACGAACCGUUNNCGUACAGUGGCGAGGACGACCCUAUGGACACUGUGGGGCCCGGACUCGCGGAGGAGUGUUGCUACCAUCAGUGCAGCUAUGCUCAGCUUGAACAAUACUGCAAACCGGAUAACGCCAGCUCCGUGGACGCCGUAAAGAGUCCGGUCUGGAUAAAAUACCCGUACNNGCCCACGAGGUCGGCAGCCUCGUCGUCGUCGGAAGAGAGAUCGAGGUCGGACAUCGGCUACGUCCACGGUACAAUCAAGUGCAGGAUCCAUGGAUCGAAGGGGGCACGAAAGAAGGGGGCUAACACGGACCGUGACGACGACGCCGGCGGCUGCGAUGGGAGAAACUCGAUGAGGAGGCAUCGAACCGGCCAUUGCGGUUGCAGGCAUCGACGACAGAGGCGUCGUCGUCCUGGCAAGAUGUUAGACAAGACACCAGGCGUGAAAACAUCAAGGCACGAAACAUUAAAAUUGCCGGUGUCAUCGAACAAAAAUGAAUAAUUUCUUCAGAAUUAUGGGGAAAAAAAUAAUGAAAAACAAGGGAGAGAAAAAGAAUAAUAUCCUAAGCGGCGCCAUUUUGCUGCGUCUCGGCAUCGAACUCUCCGUUCUUACCUCUUCCCUCCUUCAUUCGUGCACACUUAUCAGGAAUAAUCGAAGUGACCACGAGUUUAAAAGUCAACAACAAAAUUGUAACGAACAAAGAGAGUAGAUUAAAAAGAAAAAAAAAAGAAAAAAAAGAAAUAAAAAAGAACGAAAAGAAAGAAACGAAAGAAAAAGACGUAAAGAAAAAAACCGAUGGACGAAAAAAGAAGAAAUGCAAGAAGAAAAAAUGAGAAACUCGGACGUAACUCGGAAAAGGAGAGCGUGAAAAUCAAUAAGAAGAUGUCUAGUCCCAUAAAACAGUGAUAAAUUUGGUCGUGGUAUUUUCUCGAGUCAAAGGAAAAGAGAUUUUUAAGAGACAAGAAUGAGAAAUAAUAAGUCGUUCGAUCGUCCUCCCUUCGAAUCCACGGCGUGAAAUGUCAGGAAUUUUUUUUGGGAAAUUUAUUGCUCUGUAUAUAAAUUAAAUUUCGACAAAUUUUUCCACGAAUCAAAUAUUUUAAGUCCAAAUCGAAAGAAAGAAUGAAUAUGAUAAAAGAAGGAAAAAAAGAAAAGAAAAAAUCGUGGAUUUCUCGUACGUGGAUCAUCGCAUCGUUUCGAAAACGACAUCUCUGCUUGAGUGACACGGAGGAUUUUGGAAUAAAUUGCACAAAUAAAUUCAUAGCUAAAUAAGAAAAAAAA